AGGUUACCAUGAGCUAUAGACUAUUUUAUUUUGUUCUCCGUAUUUUGAUUUAAUAGGCUACUGCUAAUAUAAGUACCAAAUAACAAGGCACAAGGGUGGGGUAGAAUCUACAAUAGUGGUUAUAGCAUCAUGUUGUGCCUCUUACCAGUUAUGCUACUGCCUGAACCGCCUGUUUGAAUAUAGGCCAUGUGCAAAGUGUAUGGUUUAACUCAACUUGGCCUUUGUUAUAUACAUACAUAGCUAACUUAUCAUAUCCCUUGAGUAAAGACCCAGUGUGCGUGUGACAGAGAGAGACGUGCGCCUUGCGUGCGUAAUUAGAGAUGUAAUGAAGCCAGCCCUUGGUGGGUCGAGACAGUUUCCUUCCUUGACAAACCCGUUAACAUAUGGAGGCUGUCCGAUAAUCUCCCACUUGACUGUAACCAGUUACCUAGGCGCACAGAACUAAGUUCUGCAUCGACUUUUCUCACAACGGAAUUAAAAAAUGAAGGACAUGAUCAGAAUUUUGACCGCUCUCACUGUGCUGUAUGGAGGUAACGGAAAACCACAGAGCGGAUACUGCAUCGGGAGUCAAUGUUUUGCUGUGUUCCAAAACCGCACGGACUUCCAAACCGCUCAACAACACUGCGAAAACCAGCACGGGAAUUUAAUGACUGUGAGGUCCACCGUAUCUCAUGACAUUAUAUCAGUCUUAUUAGAUAGUUUAAAUGGAUACUUCUGGAUUGGUUUGCAUUUACAAAGUGGACACUGUCCCGUCGACGAUUCUGAUUUGCGAGGUUACAAGUGGAUAACGGGAGAUAAUGCAACCGACUUCCACAACUGGGGAACCGAGGACACAGCCUGCUCCGAUAGAUGCGUGUCGGUGUCCAACAAGGGGUUGAAGUGGAUUGAGCAAUCGUGUAAUAAAGAGAUAGCGGGGUUCCUGUGUGAAUAUUAUUUUGAAAAUACUUGCAACCCUUUCGUUGUAAACGGCGGCGAGUCAGUGGAGUACAUCACUCCAUUAGGAUUCCGAGGAGAGGAUAUGGCGUCAUUACCACCAGGAUCCACUGCCGUACACAGCCAACAUGAAUCGAAAUAUAUUUGUCUGUCUGAGAAAUGGAUGCAAGCACCAUGGCACUGUGAGGUAACCGAAGGAGGUUGUGAUAUCGACUGUUUGUCAGUGGACCCAAAUGUAUGCAUUUGCCCUCCUGGAAAAGUACAGAACGAUAAUAAUGUUACAUAGAGCGGGAAAGUACGCAGGGAUGUCAACACAUGCGUGAAGGAGCUACACUGUCCCGGCGACAACUUUGAGUGUGUGAACAUUGCAGGUGGGUUUGAAUGCCGGUGCCAAGAUGGAUACAUGUCAGAAAACGGCUUGUG